AUGUAAGAAGUAUUUAAAAAAGAAUGGCUCUCUCCUUAAUUUAAAGAUUUAGAUUAAGAGCUUUCAACAUAAGAAUGCCGAAAUUUUUCAAGUAUAUCAGGUGCGGAAGUAAACACUCCUGAAACAAAAUACAGAUCAACUAUAGGACCUAAUAAAAUGGACAUGUCUAAGCUUGCAAAUACGUUGCAUUUUAGAAACAGAACAGCUAAAUUUGAAGAUGAAUAAAAUCAACUUUAUAUGGAAAUAAAAAAUUUAUAUGAAAAAGAUAGUUCAAUAUUCCAACUCUUGUUGAACCAAAAAUCUUAUUUAAGACAGAAACUGUUUUUAUGUACAUUGUUAUUAUCAUAGAUAUUCAUUUAUAGGAUCAAGAGAAAAUACCAUGAAUUAAAAUAAUAAACACAAAUUUAUGAUUAAGUUUUGAUAGACAAAAUGCAUUAAGCUAAUUAAUAAAGUUUAAAGUAUUUAUUUUCUCAACAAUUUUGA